GGUACCAAAAUGGCCGCCUCAUUAUGGCGGAGACAAGCAUUAAAUAUAGUCUUUUAUAGGAAGAGAUUUAGAGCUAUUUCUCCUGCGCUCUUUUCUUCUCAGCCCCCAGGCAAAUGGGAUUAUAGCGAGGAAGAGAUAAGCGACAUUGUGCGACACAUGCAAGAACUAGCUCUCCUUAAAGCCACGGAAAACGAGGCAGAAGAUAAAAAUCAGGUCUCUUAUCUCAAAUCAAUGAUGAAAAUAGCUCAGGCUCUCUCGGAAAUCAGUCACGUGACCGUUGCGGACACGGAGCCCCACCCACUUUACGAUCAUUUUGGAUGCGACGCCCACGCAAAAAACGAUCACCACUUCGGGUCAGAGAUUCUUUCCAAAGAAAAGUUAAAAGACAAUUAUCUGCAACUUCCCUCAAUACCAGCUGGUUCUGCUAGCAGAAACACUUCUAGAUAAAAUCAAACAUUUCAUUUCCGCCUUGUAUCAUAAACUUAUUUGGGGUUGACACAAAAAAUUUUAUUGGUUAAAACAAAAGGGGGGGAAUAUCACAAAAAUUAAUAAAGUCGUACAGAAAAAAAAGGAAAAGUAAAAUUUUGAAAAAUGAUUGUCACGUUAAUUAAUUAUGCCAAAAACUAAAACAAAAGACGAAAUAGAGUGGGCGUGAAACAACAAAAAACAAUAAUAAUAAUAAUAAUAAUAAUAAUAAUAAUAUGAACAAUGAUGAAAAUGAAUGCAAUAGAAAAUGAAAAAAGGGGAGGAGGGAGAGUGGGAGGGGUCGAUCAUUUUAAGCAAAAAAUUAUGCCAAGUCGAAAAAAAA